UGAUUCAUAGCUCCUCUAGAGGGCGCUGUGCGAAAGGAAGAACUAACGCAGAAGAAGAGGACUGUGGGCAGCGGCGGGAAACAAAUAUGAGUGAAAUAUAUUUACUUUUAUUCUCCGGACUGUAAAAAACUACCGAACAUGGCUCAAGAGUUUCACGUACUGAGAUGUUUUUCCUGUCAAACAUUUCAAGUACAGCAGGUGAAGAAGAGUAAGAAGUGGACGUGUAAAGUGUGCGGCGAGAAGCAGUCACUGAUGAAGGAGUUCGGUCGAGGCGCCGCAGCCGACUGCAGAAGGCACGUCCAGAAGCUGAAUGCUCUGCGAGGACAGAUGCUGGAGGUGAACAGUGAACAGCUGCUGUCACAGCGGGACCCAGAUGAAAACUAUGAAAACGAAGAUUUUCAUGAAAGUCUGGAUCACAAUCCUAAAUCAGAGGAAGUGGCUCAUGUCAGCCGCUGGAGUAAAUACACUGAUCAAACAGCUGAGGGUCCAAAUGGAUGUGAAGAUGAGGAAGAAGAUGAGAAUGUUUAUACAGAAAGACACAGAUUCAGAAGCCAAGGAACUAGGAAAAGGAAGAACAUCUCUAAGUCUUUUGGUGGCCGUGAUGGUAACUGUGAGGAUGAGGAGUCAUGGACUCGUUGUUCUGGGUUUAAGAGGCGGCCGGAUCAGGCACUGCAGCAUAACAGGAGGUUCAAUUCAUCAUGGAGUAAAGGAUAUGCUUCCAAAUAUUCCUCCUGUGGCAGGUCAGGUGAUAUGGAGCCGUGCACUAGCACACAUCUCCCAUCAUCCCGUCAGGCUGAUUGUUAUCCUACAGCCCGCUCCAGUUCCACAUACACAGCGGAGAACUCUGGUGAAAAUAAACAGCAGUGUAACUCUUCACAUAAGCUGCCAGCAGCUCAGUUAACCAAAGGCCUUCUCCUGCACAGCAACAGUCCUUCUGUUUCUUCUCAUCAGAAGUUUGGUGAAUCAAAGAUUGAGAAUAAGGACUCCAAAUGGGAUAAAUUCCUCACAGUUGUCCCUAAUCAGCAGGAUGAGGAAGAGUGUGACUAUGAAGCUCAAGAUUCCUCUAAUUACAGUGAUAACACAGCAGUGGCUCAUUUCACAGAAGCACUUACAGACAUGGGUGUGAAUUCUGAAGAGUGCGGAUAUCCACUGGAUGGAAAGAAAGACAGUGUUGCACUAGAGAGAAGUCAGAAGUCUGUUGGUGAUAUUUGUGUGGAUGGAAAUUUAUCCAGUUCAAACAUCAGUCGCAGCUCAGAGCCAGCCGGUCUUGAAAAAGCUGUCUGUAAACAGCCUACACUAUUUAAGAUGCCCUGUUCAAGCCUUUCCAUAAACUCCCUGUUCUUUACUGAUGAAGACUUUGAUGACACAUUUUGAGAAUAAGUUGCAUUCUAUUCAAAAAUUAAAUAUUUAUGAUGUUACCAUA